AGGAGCCGGAGCAUACUGUACAGCACGUGGGGAAGUGAACAUCUGGACCAAAAAAAAAAACAAACUACAGUAUUCUAAAGAUUAAGGUUGAACUUAAAAUAAACUAAGUAAACCGGACAAACGUUUAUGUUUGUGUCUUCAUCUGUUCCAAAGAGACAAGAAGAAAGAGCGCUGCAUUGUUUCUGUGAGACUGUGAACUGUCCAGGGUGCUGAAAGAUGAACCAAACGGCUUCCGUCUCCCAAAAAUGUAGUUAUUCUUCCAAAGAAAGCCAGGACCUGGGAGAAAGCAGUAUUUCAGAGAGAAACUGGAAAGGCAUUGUCAUUUCACUGCUGGUGAUCAUAAUCAUGAACUCAUUCAUUGCUCUGCCAAUUGUUCUUCUGUAUAAAGAUGAUGCUUCAAAUGCUGCACAAUCAAGAUUAUCUCUGGAUGACUUUUUCUCAAAAGAGUUUACUUUGCAUGACCCAGAAGCAAACUGGAUAAGUGAUGAAGACAUUAUUUAUAGAAGCAGAGAUGGAAAUGUGAUGAAACUGAAUCUACUAAGCAAUGAAACAGGAAUACUUUUGAAAAACACCACCUUUGUGACCUUCAAAGCAACAAGAUAUGCUGUCUCUCCAGAUCUCCACUUUGUUCUUUUAGGAUAUGAUGUUAAACAGGUCUAUCGAUACUCUUUCACAGCCUCAUAUUUAAUUUACAGCUUGCAUACCAGGGAGGUUUGGGAGCUCAAUCCACCAGAAGUUGCUGAUUCAGUGCUACAAUAUGCAGCCUGGGGAGUCCAGGGACAGCAGCUGGUGUAUAUUUUUGAAAACAAUAUCUACUACCAGUCUGCUAUGAACAAAAGUUCUUUGAGACUUACUUCAUCUGGAAAACAAGGAGUUAUUUUCAAUGGAAUUGCAGACUGGUUGUAUGAAGAAGUACUACUGCAGUCCCAUGUUGCCCACUGGUGGUCCCCAGAUGGAGAAAGGCUGGCGUUCCUGAUGAUUAAUGACUCCCUGGUACCAAGCAUGGACCUUCUUCAUUUUACAGGCAGUCUCUAUCCCAAAGGACAGCAGUAUCCCUAUCCCAAGGCAGGUCAGAUUAACCCUAUGGUGAAACUGUAUGCAGUCAGUUUAUACGGGACAUCAGAAACAGUGGAACUGAGACCUCCGGAGAUAUCUGAAAGCAGUGACUAUUAUAUUACUAUGGUGAAGUGGGUCAGUAACAACAAGGCUGCAGUGAGGUGGUUAAGCAGGCCACAGAAUACUUCUGUUCUUGCAUUGUGUGAAACCACGACUGGCCAUUGCAUCCAAAAACAUGUAAGGACAACUGAUCUUUGGCUUAAUAAACAGAAUGAAGAGCCAGUGUUUUCACAGGAUUGCCGGACAUUCUUUCUGACUGUGCCAGUAAAAAAUGGCAGACACGGAGCCUUUCACCACAUUGCAAUGUUUUCUGAUCUGCCUGGAAAUGAGGAGGUCAUUGUUCGUCCCCUCACAUCAGGAAACUGGGAAGUCACCCAAAUACUAGCCUUUGAUGAGACUCAGCACACUAUCUAUUAUCUCAGUACUGAGGAUUCAUCAAGUCGAAGGCAACUAUACAGUGUGUCUACUGCUGCCCCAUCGGAUCCUCAGUGUCUUACCUGUGAUAUACACAAGGACUGGUGUACAUACUACAGUGCUGAGAUUAGUCCCAGCAUUCAGCACAUCAUCUUGAACUGUGAAGGUCCAGAUAUUCCAAAGGUCACCGUUCACAGACUGAGUGACAUGAUAAACGUGAACAGUUUGGAAAACAACACAAAGUUCAGAGAGGCCAUGAGAGGGAAAAAAACACUGCACAAGGAAACCAGAACCAUUAGUAUUGAGAGCUAUGAACUUCCCCUUCAAUUGACCUUCCCAGCAGACUUCAAUGAAAAUAACCUGUACCCUCUUCUACUGAUUGUUGAUGGAGCUCCUGGCAGCCAGCUGGUAACAGACAGGUUUCUCCUUGACUGGGACUCGGUGCUUGUCAGCUCUCAUGAUGUCAUCGUGGCUCGCUUUGAUGGCAGGGGAAGUGGCUUCAAGGGAAUGCGGGUCCUGCAGGAAGUUCAUCAGCGUUUAGGAACUCUUGAAAUAAAGGACCAAAUAGCAGCAGUAGAGUCUUUAUUUAAACUUCAUUACAUUGAUCAAAACAGGAUUGGAGUAUAUGGGAAGGCAUAUGGAGGCUUCCUCGCAUCUCUGCUCCUCCUGUCUCCAGAGAGGCUUUUCAAAUGCGGAGUUGCUGUUGCCCCUAUUACAGACUGGAGAUUAUACGGCUCAGCAUUUACUGAGAGGUACCUUGGUCUCCCAUCAGUGAACAGCCGUAUAUAUCAGGACUGCGGUAUUCCACAUAACAUCACUGGAUCGAGCCAUCACAAAUUCCUAAUAAUUCAUGGGACUGCAGACGCAAAUGUCCAUUUCCAGCACUCAGCUGAACUGAUAAAACGUUUGUCACAAUCUAAUGGAAACUACACUUUACAGAUCUUUCCGGAUGAAGGACAUGACAUUAUUUUAACAAAGAGCCAGUAUUACCUGUACAGUAAAGUCAAUACCUUCUUCAAAGAGUGUUUUCAAGAAGAAGCAAUAUUAACUCAUGCAUCAAAAGAGGCCGACGACUAGGAAAACUGAUGCAUUUACUGUAAUGUGAAUCUACUCACUUAAGAAGACAAAACUAAAUGCAUAUGAAUAGAAAAAAAACAUAAACCAUUACACCUGCAGUUGUAUUCUGCAAUAUGAACACACAGGCUGCAAGCAAUUUGAUGUAGAGGAUAUACAAAUGUUGUUAAAUAUAAUAAUGAAAAAAUGUGAUGAUCAUUGAGCCUUGAGUUGGGCUUGUUACAUUUUCCUCCAAAUGUAAUAAUGACAACCCCUUCUGAAAAAAAAAGAUCAAAGUUUUUUUUUUUUUUUUUUUGGUUCCAGCUGUAAUAUACCAUACAUUGUGUAAUGUAAUUCAACUCUCUAGCAAUAUGUACAUAAUUAUUUUUUUUUAAAGUACAAAUCUAUGUAGCUGUUCCUUUUGGUCCCUACUGUAGCAGUUAAGCAGCGUGCUUGCCCUCGUUAAUAUUGGGUAUCCUUUCAUUCAGAUAGAAAAUGCCUCCCAGUAUGUUUUCAGAGAAUUGGCCUGUGCAAUGUGUUAUUCUUUCAGGCUAUGUAAAACAAUUGCAACAGUAUGUAGCUUAAAUUGUAUAUGUAUUAUUUUCCGUACUGUAUGUGGUUUGCUAGGAACAACUGGCAGCAACACAGAGUGUUGUGGAUAAAGCAUCGUUCUUAAUUCUUCUGAUUUGAUUUGAUUAAAGCUGUUACAGAACUAUUGGCUGUGUGAAUUAAUCGACUGUUCCUUGAUGAUUACAUGUAUUUUAUACAAGCAUGUUGCUUGGAAACACAUUUCAAAACAUGACUCUUGACUGACAUGUUGAAGACAGAUUAAGGACACAUCUUUCUUUCUUUCUUUGUGAAUUGUAAGUGGUACUAAUUAAAACUGACAGAACUUAAUGUGCCAACCAUAUUUCAUUUGAACACAAAACUGAUAUAAAGAUCACCUAGUUUAGUAUCCUACAUUUUUUCUUAUGCACAACAAUCAUUUUUACAUUAUUAAUAAUGUUUUUAAAAUGGUCUAUCUGUAACUAAUCCUAACCUUCUGACUGUAUUGGGUUUCUUCAUAUUGUUACUUUUCUGUAUUCUGUGUUUAAAGUCGUCUGUAUAUUAGUAUCCAUAACAUUUUUGUAUACAACUACGUUUUGCUCUAGACAUGUUUUUAUUUUAAUUGUCUUUAUUGAUUUUCUUUAGCCAUACCUUGGUGUUUUAUUCUCUUAUAAAUCUCAGCAAUA